CGUUUCAAUUUAAUUAUAUAUAUAAUAGUUAUUUGCUUCUCAGUUAUUCAAUAUAUAUAUAUAUAUAUAUAUUUAUAAUUUAUAAAUAAACUUAUAAUAAAUAAUAAUACAUAAAAUUAAGUUGUGUAAACUAUGCUAAUUCCACGCAAAGUGCAUGAAUCGUACCACUAUCAUAGUAUUAAUUAAAUACUUUGGAUGAAUUGACAAUGAUCUUUAAUGUCGCUGUUAAGAUUAGUGGGAACUUAAAUAAGAAUUGAUAUGGUUUAGUUGCGUUAUAUCUAUACGAAAGAGAUCGAAUCAAAUAUUGAUUUAGUCAUUUGUUCUAAAACGAAAUUACCUGCUUUCAAAUUAAAUAGAAAUGAUUAAAAGAAAUCAUUUAUAUAUUAUCACAUAGAUAAAAACGUUACAAAUAUAUACAUUUUUGUUAGGAAAAUAAAAUAAAUAUGUUCUUUGGGUAUCAAAAAGAAAACUCUUCAUCAUAACUUUCAAAAUUACAAGCACAUGGAAGAUAUAAGAACAACCAUGGAGUAAAAGCUGAUUCCCAAACAACAAAUUUAGCUAUGGUUUAUGUCUUCGACUCAAAAAAGAUUGUACACACAUUGAUUCUACACAAAUCUCCUAGGUUUUUUUACAUCAAACAACUCCUAAGAUAUAAAAAUGCAAAAAUAGUGGUUACAUUGACCAUAAAUUAAUAUAUGGUCACUAUGGCCAGUCAAGUAGCCAAAGUCAACUACUACUCUACCACGAUCUCAGAGUUUCUAACGACUGAGUUAGAAUUAAUAUUCUUGGACAACUGAACAAAAGUUUAUAAAUUUGUAACCACAACUAAACAAAGACUAUUAUCUGUUUGAUAUUGUCUAAACAAAAAUUUAUACACAAGUAGUCUAACAACCAGAUCUUUUUAAAGCACCUCGCAUUCUCUCAAAUCUAAACGAUUCUCAAGAACAAGAACAAAAAAAAAAGAACUACGAGAUGUCUUCGUUGAGGCCAGAACAGCAUACAGUCCAUCAUUUCACCCAUAUUCAUUCAUUAACGAAGGUUGACGGAUAUGGCGAGUUCACAUGCGGCGGUUGCAAAACUUUUGGCUUUGGGAAGACCUACCGUUGCUCCUGGUGCGACUACAAUCUUCACGAACACUGCGCUACGUGCCCCCCUACUCUCUUCAGCUUCAUGCACCCACAACACGAGCUCCAACUAGUCUUUAGAGGACCAGAGCAAACGCACCAUGAAAAACGUAUGUGCAACAUCUGCGACGAACCAGCCGAAGGGCUCUUUUACCAAUGCCAUCCUUGUGGCUUCGACGUCCAUCCACUCUGCACACAGCUGCCUCAGCACGUGAGACACGUGCCUCAUGCCGCCCAUCAUUUAGAGCUGAGUCACUGGGGAGCGAGCAGCGCGUGCAUGGUUUGCAGCGGUGCAAUCAGGUCUUGGCGGUACAAGUGUGGCCCAUGUGGGCUAGAUGUUCACAUGGAAUGUGUUAAUACGUCUGCAGCGUCAGUAGCAACAAUUCAGCAGAGGUGUUAUGGGCCACAACCGCAUUAUCACCCUUCUCAGUAUUAUCAUCCUUAUUACAAUCAUGGAUAUACAAACCAUCAAGGUCAGGUUCAAGAGUCCACUCCGAGCAUAGGAAGAAGAAUGUUUGGCAUUUUAAUGGCUCUAACCGUUGGGGUUAUCUGCAAUAUUGUCGCUGCGCCGGUCUCUGAUGCCUUUACUGGCGGCUUCUGAAAUGGCACGUCUCUUACAUGCUGCCGUUAUAUAUGCUUAU